CACGCGAACACUGUCUUACGAACUUUUACAGUGUUGCGUUGGCAAAAAUAUGCUGUCUACAUAGCGGAUGCGUCGAGCGUUGUGUAUUUGUUUAGGCAAUUGUCAAAUGGUAAACCUUUAUCGUUUAUGAGUAAUCAUUUGGCAAAUAAUUGUACGUGAAGUAGGCGUAUACCUCCGGUGAGAUUGUGAGUUCCUCGUUAUUUUUUUUCUCCGUUGUAUAAUUUUUGCUGCAAAUACAAGGAUCGGCGGUUAUUAAAUCCAGUGCACUGCCAUCGCCCGUGUAUUGUUGCUAAGUAGAUGAUCAUUUGACACCUUUUAAACUAGCAGGGUAUUUAAUAUAGUGAAUAUGUCGAAGAAACCAAAUCAACAACCUGCGCUGCAUAAAGUGAUCAUGGUCGGUAGCGGAGGAGUUGGGAAAUCCGCUCUCACGCUGCAGUUCAUGUACGAUGAGUUUGUUGAAGAUUAUGAACCUACCAAAGCUGAUUCAUACCGGAAAAAAGUGGUGCUUGAUGGCGAAGAGGUUCAGAUUGACAUACUUGAUACAGCAGGCCAAGAGGACUAUGCAGCUAUUAGGGACAAUUAUUUCCGAAGUGGAGAGGGCUUCCUGUGUGUGUUUUCCAUCACCGAGGACGAUAGUUUCCAAGCGACACAAGAAUUCAGGGAGCAGAUCCUGCGGGUGAAGAACGACGAGAACAUCCCGUUCCUGCUGGUGGGCAACAAGAGCGACCUGGAGGAGAAGCGCAAGGUGGCGCUGGCGGAGGCCCAGGGCCGCGCCCAGCAGUGGGGCGUGCCGUACGUCGAGACCUCCGCCAAGACGCGCGAGAACGUGGACAAGGUUUUCUACGACCUGAUGCGCAAGAUUGUGCUCCAGAAAGCAUCCGAGAACAAAAGUGAUGCACCUGACGGGGCUGACGCGCGGUGCUGUGCAAUUUUGUGAUUACUUUACGGACUCCAGUUCGAGCGAGGGCAUCCGAACUCGCCGGCAGACUUGAUACUCUUACCCCCUCCCCCCUCUCGGGACGUGGCCUGCUGUCUCGGUAACCGUGGGGGGUGGGGGGCGAGGCCGUAGUCUCGCUCAGAAGUCUGCGUGCGCCGCGACGGUUCGGAUGCGAGAGCUUGCAAACCUCUUCGUUUCUGCUUGCGCUGAAAAGUUUCGAGGAUUCUCUCUGCCUCCGUGUAUUAUAUUUCUCGAGUGUUUCUUCUGCCCAGACGUUGUUGUAUCACAUUGCAAACUGUAAUAAUUAUCUUAUUAAAUCCUAACAUAGCUUCCUUUAUUUUAUUUUUUUCUUGAAACUGUACUACAGUUAGGUAUUUUGAUGCACUGUUCUUAAAUGACAAUAUUUUUUUUAAGUGAAUAAGCAUGGCAUUAAAAGUUACUUUUACAAUUAAAAGCAAAUUUCAACACUUUUUCCAUUCAGCUACUUUUUUUUUUUUUUUUACUCUUUUUGAGAAAUAGAAUUUGUUUUGCAUGUUUGAUGUGUUUUGGUGUAAAGAGAGUUAUGUACAUUUGUUUUUAUAGGAAAUGUAUGUGGUUUGUGCAAUUUUUUGUACAAAUUAGGAAUGAGCUUUUGUGACUGAAAUCCAAAAAUCAAAGUACGUAUAAAUUUAUUUCUCAGUUAGAUUUAUAUAAUAUUAUUUAUGAAAUGUUUUAGUUAUUUUAAAAUGUAUAUGUGGCAUAAAUAAAUAACUUCAAUAAUUUUGAACAGUUGAAAAGUUUAUCCUAAAUGUGCAGUAACUAUUUGAGAAAUGACAGUACUCAUAACUCUUAAACUGUUAUUUCGACUAAAUCUAUAACCUUUUAAUCUGUGUGUAAAAUAAUAUAGCAGCAUAUUUGGUGUUUCAAAGAUAUGGCUUAUUCAAAUUAGUGGAUUGGAUACUACUGGAUAUUUUCCUAUGUUCUAAGUUCUUGGUAAGUUAGCUAAUUAUCUACUAUACAUUUUACUGUAACACUUUAUAGUUAUUAAUCUACAAAUAAAAUUUAAAUAAAAGAAAAAUAAUACAUGUAAAACUGGAUAUAUGGCAACUCUCUUUUAACUUAAGACUAACAAACACCUUAAUAAAAAGAAUAGGUACAGCCUAUAUUAAAUCAUAAGCUAUCGAAGUUCCAAAAAAAUAAUUUUAUAUUUUAUUAACAUUGUUCACUGUGGCUUCAAUGAGAAAUGUUUCGUUUGUUUAGGAUCAGUUACAUUUGAUAUACUGUUUCUGUUUGGGGGGGGGAGGCUAGUACUGAUAGAAAAAGGAAUUUUUAUAUGACAUGUGGAUUGUUACACCCAAUCACUCUGUCUGCAUGCUGCUUGCUUGGAAGGGGUUUGCUGUAUCAUCUGCUUCCAGCGAUCUGCUGUUAGAAUACGGGUCCACUUAGCCCUCGCAAAUCGUUGAGGCCUUUGCUCAUAUUUUAGCAACCUACAAAGUUUUACUAAUGAUAAUGGAGUGCUUUGAAUGUUGAGAGAAAAGUUUACUACAUUUUUUUAUCUUUCUUCAACUAUGUACGGCAAUUGAAAAUUAAAAUGGUUUUUCCCCCCCCUCAUACUUAAGUUGUGUAGUCUGCGUAAUACGUUAUUAGUACAAGAUUAUACAUGUUUCAAGUGAAUAGAUUGCAAAACUCGGAGAAGCAAUAACGAAAUAAAUAAAUUAGGGAGCUAUAAGUUUAACAAAAUAAGCAUACGGAAACUUAGUAGCAGUGCAUACUAGCCGACUUGUUCCUUGAAAUAAAAACUGUCUGGUAAAACAAAUCAAGUAGUACUAUUAAUGUCAUCAUAAUAUUUAUGAUGUUGUGUAUUAUUAUUUGAAAGACCUGUUUAUGCUUCCCUAUGAUUUUACAGCUCACAAGAUUUUGCAUAUACAAGUAUUUUACAACAUGUUUUGUUGCUUUGCUCAAAAUUUAUUAAAAUUUUUAUUUAAGUAAUGUAUUUUGCACCAAUUUGGGUUCUGUAAUGUUAAUAAUUGUAACUCUAGCUCAUUCCUAAUAUAUUUAUGUAUUGUGUACAACAUGCAGUUAGCUGGAAACCAUUUCUGUAGUAGAGCCCUUCAAAAACUGGUGAGAGAUUGUGGUUUUAGUUAUGAAACAGCAGGAUUUAAACCAGUUUAAAACCAAAAUGGAUGGGUUGUGUUUCUUUGCUUUAGAUGUUUUCAAGUUUGGGGGUAGAUGUUUGUAGUUCGUCAGAUGUGAAACAGUUAUGUUUAUGAGCUCUUUUGUAAACAAGUUUUGGAGAUUAUUUAAUGCUAUUAAAUUUUGUGUCAUGUUGCGAAUGUGGGAAUACAGGUCCGAAAGGAUACCCAUUUAAUUAAUUAGAGUUAUAUUUACUUUUUCCUUUUUUUUCCUAAAUUUUAACCAUUUAAAUGUCUGUCCACAAAUACGUCACAAUUUCGCAAGUCCACUAUUUACUCUCCCACUAGAGCUCGGCUAGACAUUGGCCGUCUCUGCUGCUUGUCUCUUACCGUUCAUCUCGGUCCUGACAGACUGCUUCGCACUGCUCGCUUGUCCAGCACACACGCAACACCGUCCCGGUUGCUCCGAUCUCGGCACACGGAAGCCCAUCGCUCGUCACCCGUUGUCGCUCGCCCCCUUCACCUCCCUGCCGUGCCGCCAACCUCCCCCACCACCGCCGCAGGUCGGCAACGCAAUGCCUUGUAUACCUCGGUCACGUUUUGGAAAGGUCUUGUAUCCCUCCAGAGAGUCGCAUCAUCAAUGCCACUGACCUAUCACGUGAAGCUGCAAGAACAGUGGUGUCCUAGUUACGCCACUUGGCGCAAGGAGCUCAUGACCCGAGGCAGAGAGGCUCCUGUACUCCGCGGAACAGAUGAGAGGUCCGCUAAUGGGGGGUACGUGUACUGGUACUGGAAGGGGGCGGGACUGUCGUCGACAGCUCUCCGCCCCGGCCAACUCUGGUUGCCUUGCGACACGUUGCCAACCGGAAUACUGUGAUCAUGUAGUCUCAAAGCACAAGCUGAUGUAACGUGAGUGGGUUGUGAUUCCAAAUGAAGGGGAUAGUAGUAGUAGUAUUAUGUUACCAAGGCAGCUUAAAUUUUUUGGUGUAUUUACAUGAAGAAUAAAUUCAAAUCAUUAAAAUCUGUUUGGCUUUAAACGUUCUGAUGUUGAUACUAAACGUCAUCAAGUAAGAUGUGAGACUACCUUCUCUAGCACACACAAGUAUGGGUUCUGACGAUAUAGUGGCAAAUUUUAUGUAACAUAUUUUGUCGCUUUAGCUGUUAGCUGUGAACUUUCUUUCUGUGUAAUAAAAUUAUUUUUUAGUUGUUCGUAGUUGAGUGAUGCCGAAAGAAGUUUAUUUUUUUAUACUUGGAGUUGUUCUUAAUUAACUAGAGGCUAAAAAAAAGUGUUUGUAUGUGGUGGACAAAAAAUGUUAAUCAUGAAACAUAUCAUAACUUAUUUUUUAAAGGGUAUUUAACAUUUUAUUUUCAGGGCUUGUAAACAGUCAACAGUUAUUCGACUUGCUGAUUCACAUCACCUCUUAACCAAACAGUCUGAUGGUCAUGAAUUCAUACUCUUCGUUUGUAAUAAUAUGUUUUGCAUUGUACUUUUCAUACAUAUAUCUUGUGAGGCUUUUUACCCCAUUAUUUAAAACAUUUGGAUUAUUAAAAAAUGUAUUGGUUGAUAUUCAUAUGCAGCAGACACAUCUUGUUUUGCAUGUAGUCAGUAGAUUUUAAGAAUUAUAACUAAAUUUCAGUCGCUUUACCCGGUCUCGAAUUGAAGGGGGGAAAGUGUGAUCACCACACCUUAAUGUUUGGUGCGUGUGUUAUAAGGAAGCUUUUUAAUUUAUUUGUUUAACCCUGUUAACUCAGUAAUGUUCAGAAAAUUUACCAAACUCUUUUUGAACUUUCGACUAGAAUUUCUUUGUCGUGGCUUCGAACUGCUUGAGGUUGAAAUAAAUUAGUAACCAUUAGCCUCGGAGCUGAGCAUUGUUUCGACUUGCGAGUGAGCUCUGUCCACUCAAAAACAGGCUCGGUGCUCAGAAGUAGAGUCUUACCUGUGAUGGGGAUUCGAACCUCUGACCCUUGCAUUUGAGCGUGAUGCCAGUUAGUGCUCCAGCAUCUGCAGAAGAUGUUAUUUCCUUCCUUGCCCAAAAAAAUUCUCUUAUCACACAUGAAUUUUGGUUCGAAGCAAAGUUAAAUCAUUUCGCUUCGCAGUUGGAGAUUGUGGUCAUACAUGUCGAAAGGAGCAUUGAAAGUGCAGUUUCAUCAGCUGUUAUGUUACAUUUAUGGUUUGUUUGCUUGCAUAUUUCCACGUCUGCGUGUUUUAAUAUUUACUUAUGUUAGGCUGUAAGUUUUGAAUGAGCAGGACAAAAUUAAAAUACGUAUUGUAGUUUGUUAAAAGAUUAUAAAAGUAGUAUUUUUUUUUUGUCGAAAGUCUAUUAGUCAACUACAUUUCAAAAUAAUUGUUCAUUUUGACAAAUUAAAUCUCCUUGUGCCAGUGUGUAAGUAUUGGAAACAUAAAGUAAAGCUAUAGACAUGCAGUUACUGUCUACAAAAUUGUAAACUUAAGUGUUUGGCAACCUUUGUUCAUUUUAAAUUACUUAUGUAUGGCAAUGUACAGUUCACGCCAGACUUUUUUUAUUCCUCCCAAAUUGAUUAGAUUUUCUUAAUCAGCUGUGACCCACACCUAUCACAAUAACCAAUCAUUUGAAUAGAGACUAAAUAGGGACAAGUAUUUUGGAAAAAUUUUGUUUGGCUACUAGGUACGUAUUGAAAAGCUAAUGUUUCCAAGUUGUUUCACUAUUAUUAAAUUUGUAACUCUGGAUUCAUUACAUAUGUCUACUAAUGGAUAGUAAGUACUGUUAAGUUUCUUGUUUUCUUGAGUACAACAGUUGCUGUGUUAAUUUGGUAAUUUUAAACAAUUUUAAAACUUUUUGUGUAUUCUAACUUAUCCAAUAAUUUAAACUAUUGUAUGAUUUAUGAUUGUUACGUAAUGAUAGUUAAUUUAAUAGCACUGCCGAUUUGUAAUAUGUAUAUUAAUGCAUUCCUAAGCUUAUCCAUUUAAUCAAAUCUUUUAUUUAAGUUAAUUUUAAACUGAUUUUGUAGCGUGUGUUAGCUUAAAGGGUUUGUGUUUUGUUAUUAAAAUAUGUGUACAUGGGAUAGUUUACUACUUUUGAGGCUGAGACAUUGUACUAUGCAAUUUUGUUACUAAGGCUUGAUCUCUGCAAUUGUUUAGCGUAGAUUUGCAUGUCUUCUAGCGUGAACCCGUGUCAAGUGCGAUUGAUAAAUUUUUUUUCAAACCAAUGCAUUACUUUUGAAAUUGCCGUAAAAGAUGAACAUGUGCUGUACUACCUGUAAGUGAUAAUGUGAUAUAAGUGAUAUGUAAGUGAUAAUACUCCACGUAACUUCUCGAUUAACCCCACUGGCUAAGUGAUGCUAGGCAGAGUGGUCCGUGUUGAGUUUUCAGAUACUUUUUUUAAUUUUUGGCUUUACCAUGAUGAAAUGAAAAUUUCAAGUUUAUUGUUAACAGAAUUCGGAGGAAACUUGGAUGGGCUAAUCAAAUCUACAAAUACCAUAAAAUCCUUAGUAUUCGAAGGAUUCAAUAUUUGAGGAAAAAUAUUAGAGGAAACAAAGUAAAUGUAAAAAUUCAUUACUGAUAACCUCUGAGGGAUACUAGGUCAAUUUUUUCUUCAUACCUUUUGUUACUAUUCCCCCAAGAUAUUGUGCUUUAAACAUGUGAUUAUAUAAAUCACAUUAAAGGCCCACACACAACAUAGUAUGUAUUUACAAAUGGAUAGUUAUAGCGGUAAGCUCUUGCAUAACACAAAACUAGCACAUUGGCCUGGCUACAACGAACCCACUCUUUUGUUUACUAAGGUUUUCCCUUUGAGAAAUUAAUGCUGCUGUAGUUGGUAGUGACAAUGGUAAUCAUAAGGGAAAAAAAAAUAUUUACUGAAUGAAAUCCAUUAUAGCAAAACUCCAGCGUGCAAACAUAAUAAACAAAAGGAAAUAUUUGGCACAAUCUAGUCAACACAUACAUUUUCUUACUUAUUGUAUUUAUUUCUCAAGUGAUAACAUAGUAAAACGUUUAGAAGGUAUAUGAUUGGCCGAAAACGUUUAAUAUUUUUAGCAGUAACACAGUUGCCUACAACGAAUGCUAGCUUAAUACUAAUACCAGGUUUAUGUACUUGAAUUUCAACUGUUUUGCAUAAUACUGUGUUGUGUUAUUGAAAUGCUUGCGUUGGUUGUGUUGGGGCCUUAAGUUGGUAGAUUUUCAAACAGAUUAUUUGUACAAUAUGCUUGGAUAAGCUUUAUUAUAAAGUUAACCCUUUCAAUUACAAUUUGUCAUUUCCUGCGAUAUUUUAAGUUUUUUUUAAAUUUUAACUAAACUAUUUUUUUUGUUUGUGUAUCAAUAAAAUUAAGCUCUAAUUAUAAUACAUAUUAAUAUAUAAUUUUUAUAUUAUCACAUGUAACUUAAUAUAACAUUUAUUUUUUCAUAGCCCUAAGAAUGAUUUUGACCAGAAUGUAGGCUACACCAUGAAUCACACAUUCAAAGUUUAGUUAAUCCAUGUAUCAUUAAAAUAUUAAUAUUAAAUGUCUACUUCAGUUGACGAAUAGACUGAAAGGGUUAACUGGAUAUUUACUCUGAAAUGGAUUUUCAGACUAGCCUGAGAUUUGGCCUUUUUUUUUUUUUUUUGCAGAAAAAUUCAGCAGUAAAUAUUUUCUGUAAUUUUAUUUUUAUAAAUACCAACCAGUACAAUGCGUUCACAUGCCAAAUAGGCGAGCACAUUAAACAAUGCGUAGCCUUGAGUUCACUUUUACAUGCUAACAAAUAUUGUGCCUUCGGUUUGUAGACGUGUUGUGUUACAACAUUUGUCUUCUUUGGGGCUUCUGCAAGAAGUAGAACAGACACUACUAAUUAACAUAGUCGUAAUUUAUCUCCAGAUAUUUACUUUGGAAUCUCUCUGACAAAUUUGAAGAGCCUGAAUAUUUUGAGGAAUGAUUUUUAUAAAGACAAUAAUGUAAUUAUGGUGUUUUCACUGCUGUGCGCCAUGUUGAUUUUGGAGUGUGUUUGCCAAUAAUACUUUCCAUAAUAAUAAUAAUUUCUAAUGCCUGUGGUUUCUGGAAGAAGUAUUUUACAAAUUUAGAAAACACAGUUUCACUGGUAAAUGUGUCAGAUUCAAUAUAAGAUUGUUAGUGAAAAUAAAAUUUUAUCUGAAAUGAAGUAAAAGAAAAAAUUAGCAAAGAUGUGGAGAGUUGUCAAAGGUAAUGUGUGGUACAGCUUUUGCAAACAGUAUGUGUAUUGUAUAUCAAAGACAAAUUUUUCUUGUCAGGUAGUUUGCUGUACACGUAUUGUGUUAAUUUUGAAUGCUCUGAAACUUUAUUUUCCGUGGACAAUAUUGAGAUGAUUAUUUGUAAUUGGUCGGACAAAGAAAUGUACAUGUUUUUUGCAAGCAGGUAGAUUUUUGUAUUAAUGUGUAGAGCAUAUGAAAGUUAUUUUUUAAAUUGCAAAGCUUUGUAUUUACGUGCCUGUAGUUUGCGAUGCAUUGUUGUAUGAAUAUGUGCAUCAAGAGAGCUUGGAUAAGCAGUCAAAAUAUUUUUAAUUGAUUAUAUUAUUUUGGUUACUGAGUGCAUAAUACAAGAAAUUACUGUGUUCAAAGUGUGUGGGAAUGUUUGGAAAUAUAAUCACAUUGGUACGCUAGUUGAAGUCAUGUGUUCAGUUUUAUGUAAAUUACAGCAAAAUACUACAUCUAAAAUGGUCACUGUAGUCAAAAUGUAUAUGGAUGAUGUAUUUUAUGGUAUGUAAUUAAUUUAACAUGUCAAAAGAAAGUUUUAGGAAUUGUAUUUUAUUUAUUUCUAUAUUAGAAUGUGUAUGUAAGAAGUGGGAAUGGUAUGUGCCCAUAAAUAUAACUGCAGGGAAAAUUUUCA